GCGGCAGCGGCGCGGGCGCUGUCCAGCGUGCUGAAGCCGGAGCGAGCGAGUCGCCCAGAGCCGCGCGGACCCAGCUGAGCCCAACCCACUGGACGCCAGAACUCGACCGUCGCUCCUAUCCCAGCCACAGCUCGGAGCCGAGGCGGACGCGUCCCGAUCUUCCCCUGUCCCCACCCCGCCCAGACCCUCCUCUCCACCUCCCGCAUCGUGACACCAGCUGUCUCCGGCAGUCCUUUGGUCAUGAAAUCGCUCACGUUGCCGGCUUCCACCCUCUUCUGCUUCCUUCUACUGAUCAAGGGGUUGGGAGCAGCGCCCCCGGGGCACCCUGAGGCGCAGCCACCUCCCCUCAGCUCUGAACAUAAAGAGCCGGUAGCUGGGGACGCAGUGCCCGGGCCGAAGGAUGUUAGCGCCCCAGAGGUCCGAGCCGCUCGAAAUUCCGAGCCUCAGGAGGAGGGAGAGCUUUUCCAGGGCGUGGAUCCCCGGGCGCUGGCCGCGGUGCUGCUGCAGGCUCUUGACCGCCCCGGCUCGCCUCCGGCGCCCGGCGGCUCCCAGCAGGGGCCAAAGGAAGAAGCAGCAGAAGCUCUGCUGACCGAGACCGUGCGCAGCCAGACCCACAGCCUCCCGGCGCCAGAGACCCAGGCACCUGCGGCCCCGCCUCGCCCUCAGACUCAGGAGAAUGGUCCCGAGGCUGGCGACCCCUCCGAAGAGCUCGAGGCGCUAGCUUCACUGCUCCAGGAACUGCGAGAUUUCAGUCCGAGCAACGCCAAGCGCCAGCAAGAGACAGCGGCAGCAGAGACGGAAACUCGCACGCACACGCUGACCCGAGUCAACCUGGAGAGCCCCGGGCCGGAGCGCGUGUGGCGCGCUUCCUGGGGAGAGUUCCAGGCGCGCGUCCCGGAGCGCGCGCCUCUGCCACCCCCUGCUCCCCCGCAAUUCCAGGCGCGUAUGCCCGAGAGUGGGCCCCUUCCUGAAGCCCACCAGUUCGGGGAAGGAGUGUCCUCCCCCAAAACACAUCUAGGUGAGGCAUUGGCACCCCUAUCCAAAGCGUACCAAAGCCUGGGUGCCCCUUUCCCCAAGGCGCGCCGUCCGGAGAGCUCACUCCUGGGCGGCUCUGAGGCGGGGGAGCGCCUUCUACAGCAAGGUCUGGCGCAGGUAGAGGCCGGGCGGCGCCAGGCAGAGGCCACACGGCAGGCCGCGGCGCAGGAAGAGCGGCUGGCAGACCUCGCCUCCGACCUGCUGCUCCAGUAUUUGCUGCAGGGCGGGGCCCGGCAGCGCGGCCUUGGGGGUCGGGGGGUGCAGGAGAAGGAGGAGGAGCGAGAGAGCGAGAGGGAGGAUGCGGAGGCGGAGCAGGAGAGACGCGGCGGGGCGGAGAGGGUGGGGGAAGAGGAUGAGGAGGCGGCGGAGGCGGAGGCAGAGGCGGAGGAGGCGGAGAGGGCGCGGCAGAACGCGCUGCUGUUCGCAGAGGAGGAGGACGGGGAAGCCGGAGCCGAGGACAAGCGCUCCCAGGAAGAGAUGCCCGGCCACCGUCGGAAGGAGGCUGAGGGGGCAGAGGAGGGCGGGGAGGAGGAAGACGACGACGAAGAGAUGGACCCUCAAACGAUCGACAGCCUCAUUGAGCUGUCCACCAAACUCCACCUGCCAGCGGACGACGUGGUCAGCAUCAUCGAGGAGGUGGAGGAGAAGCGGAAGCGGAAGAAGAACGCCCCUCCGGAGCCGGUGCCGCACCCCCGGGCCGCCCCCGCCCCCACCCACGUCCGUUCCCCGCAGCCCCCGCCCCCUGCCCCCGCCCCCGCCCGAGACGAGCUGCCCGACUGGAACGAGGUGCUCCCGCCCUGGGAUCGCGAGGAGGACGAGUUGUUUCCCCCCGGGCCCUACCACCCGUUUCCCAACUACAUCCGGCCGCGGACACUGCAGCCGCCCGCUGCCUCGCGCCGCCGCCACUACCACCACGCCCUGCCACCUUCGCACCACUAUCCUGGCCGGGAGGCCCAGGCGCUGCGCGCGCAGGAGGAGGCAGAGGCGGAGGAGCGCCGGAUGCAGGAGCAGGAGGAGCUGGAGAAUUACAUCGAGCACGUGCUGCUCCGGCGCCCGUGACCUGCUCUGGUCUCGCCCCCGUGCGCCGCCGGUGCGCGCUCGGCCACCCCCCUCCGUGUUGCUCCUCUCCCUUCUCGGUGUUUGCAUGCACCCCAGUCCCGCCCCUGGACGCCUCCAGGCCCCGCCCCCGCCCUCGGGUCGCCCCGCCCCCGGGCUGCGCCGGGACCUGUCAGACCGCUUCCCGGAUUCGAAGCCCGAACUCCCCAAACUCACUCAAGGAGGCCCCCCGGGGCCACCCCAGGCGGGCGGGCGGUUUGUGCGAAUCCCCUCCCCCCACGGGCCUCUGUCCCCACCUAGUCCCUCUCGGGACGUCCCCGUCCAAAACCGGAAAAAGCUGUUCCAGUUAAUUGUGUGAAGAAGUGUCUGUCUCCUGCCCUUUGGGCCUCCCAGGAGCCUCUCCACCCUCUCCAGAUCGCUGUGAAUUUACCUAUUCUUUCCCUUCUCUGUUGUAAAUACCCCUCACGGAGGAAAUAGUUUUGCUAAGAAAUAAAAGUGACUAUUUUAUUAGGA